UUCAGAGCUCAUGCACCAAAUAUCCAUUCUCCUGUGAGAACACUGUCUCCACAGUUUGGGAAUAAUUCUGUGGAGUACGCAGAAGGAAGGAUGCAAAACUUAAGUACGUAUUAGUAUAAAAAGUGAGAAAACCAAAGCUUGGAAACCCUUUUUUAUAACACUGAUGAUGUAUCUUCAAAGAGUACCUCUCAGCAAAUAAAGUCUUGUUCCACAUUAACUAUUAGGAGGCAAGUGUAAGUAUCUUAACUAAAGGACUUCUAAACCCCUGAUAAAUAAUGAAGAAUCUACCGCACACAUUUUAUUUACCUUUAUGAUAUUCAAGAAAUUAAAAUGUUCGUCUUUUCUACCCUGAACAGCUUUGAAACUGGUUUCUUUCAGAGGGUAUUCUGCAGGAAAAAAGGAUACGGUAUCCAUUUGAGUUCCAUCUUGUCCAGGCCUGGUUUCUUCUCUGCUCCCAGCAUGGCAACAUCACUUAGAACUGUGUGGCCCAGACUCUUCGGGAUGCGUUCAGUAGCAGCUUGUAAGCAGGCUCCGCUGCAGAAUGGAGCUGUGUAUUGUGCUUGCCAUAAAUCUACAUAUUCAGUUCUCCCUGAAGACUACAACUGCAAAGUGGAACUUGCAGUGACAUCAGAUUUGAAGACAAUUGUCUGCUACCACCCGUCGCUUGAGAUUCCAUAUGAGCAUACAAAACCCAUACCACGGCCAGAUCCAGUGAAUAAUAAAGAAGAAAACCUUGAUCAAGUUUUGAAAUCCAGAUUGAAUGAAAAAGAGCUAAAGAACGAUCAAGGUCCUACAAUUGAAGAGCUCAGCAAAAUGUUUUACACAACAAAACAUCGCUGGUAUCCUGUGGGACAGUAUCAUAGAAGACGCAGGAAUCCUAAUCCUCCCAAAGACCGAUAACUGGGAUAACUUCUUGUUCAUCAGCACAUUACUAGUAAUUUUUACUGGAAAUAAAAAUUACAGAAAGUUAGAUGUUUGGCAGU